AUCUCUUCAGAUCCCUCUCUGCUAUUGGAUUUCUAGAGAAAUUUUAUCAGUUAGGAAAUUGUGAUGGGUGAUUGCAAUUCCGAGAAUAACCACUUCUUAAAGGAGUUUUAUAUCCCGGAUUUCAUAUUAAUACCAGACUUGGAGGUUGGAGAUGUUACAAGUAUUCCCUCCUGUCCUGUGAUCGUGUUCAUAAACUCCAAAAGUGGUGGUCAGCUUGGUGGGGAUCUGCUUAGGACAUAUCGUGAUCUUCUCAAUAAAAACCAGGUUUUUGAUUUGGGGGAAGAAGCCCCUGAUAAAGUUCUACGCAGGAUUUAUUUCAAUUUAGAAAAGCUCAAGCUCAGUGGAGAUGAUUUUUCUGCAAAAAUUCAAAAGACACUGAGACUAAUAGUUGCAGGUGGGGAUGGUACUGCUAGUUGGCUGCUUGGGGUAGUUUCUGAUCUCAAACUAUCUCAGCCACCUCCAAUUGCUACAGUGCCACUGGGAACUGGCAACAACCUCCCCUUUUCAUUCGGUUGGGGAAAGAAGAAUCCUGGCACAGAUCAUCAGUCUGUGAAGUCGUUCUUGGAACAAGUAAAGAAAGCCAAAGAUAUGAAAAUAGACAGCUGGCAUAUUCUCAUGAGGAUGAGAGCUCCCAAGGAAGGUUCUUGUGAUCCCAUUGCACCUCUCGAACUACCACAUUCUUUGCACGCAUUUCAUCGUGUCUCCAGUACAGACUCACUGAACAUGGAAGGUUGCCACACAUUCCGUGGGGGAUUUUGGAACUACUUCAGCAUGGGAAUGGAUGCUCAAGUAUCGUAUGCAUUUCAUUCUGAAAGGAAGUUGCAUCCAGAAAAAUUUAAAAAUCAGUUAGUCAAUCAGAGUACUUAUGCGAAGCUUGGAUGUACACAAGGAUGGUUUUGUGCUUCUCUGUUCCACCCUUCUUCACGGAAUAUUGCCCAACUUGCAAAGAUUAAGAUUAUGAAGAGACAAGGUCAGUGGGAAGAUCUCGCUGUGCCUCGCAGCAUCAGGUCAAUUGUUUGCCUUAAUUUACCAAGCUUUUCUGGUGGAUUUAAUCCAUGGGGAACUCCAAAUAAGAGGAAAGAGCAUGAUAGAGAUCUGACCCCACCAUUUGUAGAUGAUGGCCUUAUUGAGGUCGUCGGUUUUAGAGAUGCUUGGCAUGGUCUUAUUUUGCUUGCUCCAAAAGGACAUGGAACUCGUCUUGCACAGGCACAUCGCAUCCGCUUUGAGUUCCACAAGGGUGCAGCUGACCACACAUUCAUGAGGAUUGAUGGGGAGCCAUGGAAACAGCCCCUGCCUGUUGAUGAUGACACAGUUGUGGUCGAGAUCUCUCACCUUGGUCAAGUGAACAUGCUUGCUGUACCAGGUUGCCGAUCCAAAAGUUUCCAAGAUCCCAUAUCGCACUCCGGUCAUCAUGAUGAAGAGGGUGAUAGUAACGAAGACGACUCUGAAGAGGACACCGAAGAACGGAGAAAGUUUGGCGCAGCUGACACUUUCAGACUUCCAGAUGGGGUUGACAUUAGUCACCUCAGUUAAGCUCUAUAAUAUUUAACUCUCUUUAUGUAAUUGUCUCCAAACAAUUCUUGUCCAUCUUAUUUGAACUUUUCAUGGUUCAUAUUUUUUACCAGUAACGUAUUGCGGUUAAGCUUGGUGGUUACCAUGUUGCUGCCAGUUGUAAAUUUUCCCUUGUUGAA